CGGGGGCACCCACUCCAAGGUGGUGCUGGUGUCCGAGGACGGCCGGGUGCUGGCCGAGGGCGACGGGCCCUGCACCAACCACUGGCUCAUCGGCACCGAGCAGUGUCUGCAGAGGAUCAACCAGAUGGUGGUGGAGGCCAAGGGCACGGCCGGCGUGGAGCCGCGCGUGCCGCUGCGCGCGCUGGGCUUGUCGCUGAGCGGCGGCGAGCAGGACGAGGCCGUGGAGAAGCUGCUGCGCGAGCUGCGGCGCCGCUUCCCCACGCUCAGCCAGAGCUACUGCAUCACCAGCGACGCCAUCGGCGCCAUGGCCACCGCCAGCCCCCACGGCGGCGUGGUGCUCAUCGCGGGCACCGGCUCCAACUGCAAGCUCAUCAACCCCGACGGCUCCGAGGUGGGCUGCGGCGGCUGGGGCCACAUGCUGGGCGACGAGGGCUCAGCCUACUGGAUCGCGCACCGCGCCGUCAAGACGGUCUUCGACAGCAUGGACAACCUGGAGGCGCCGCCGCACGACGUGGCCUAUGUCAGGCAGGCCAUGCUCGAGUACUUCGAGGUCUCCGACCGCCUGGGCCUGCUCACGCACCUCUACCGCACCUUCGACAAGUCCAAGUUCGCCGGGUUCUGCCGGCGGCUGGCGGAGGGGGCGCAGGCCGGCGACGCGCUCUGCCGCCACGUGUUCGGCGAGGCCGGCGAGCGGCUGGCGCGCCACGUGGCCGCCGUGCUGCCCCGCGCGGACCAGAGCCUCUUCGAGGGCGAGCUGGGGCUGCCCAUCCUCUGCGUGGGCUCCGUGUGGAACAGCUGGGAGCUGCUGAAGGAGGGCUUCGUGCGGGGGCUGCAGCGGGCGCAGCUGGAGCGGCCACACGGAGCCUUUGCCGCCUUCAGCCUCCUGGAGCUGCAGGGCUCGUCGGCGCUGGGCGCCGCCAGCCUGGGCGCCCGCGGCGCGGGCCGGGCGCUGCCGCUCGACUACGCGGCCAACGCGCGCGUCUUCUACAGGCACCGCUUCGAGCGGCCCGCGCCCCGCGCCGCCGCGCCCGCUCCUCAAUAA